AGUUAGAUUAGAUCUAGUAGAAGAUUCAGAGGUCUUUCAUCAACUUUCUGGUAGGUAAAACCCCAAAAAAUAGGAAAGAAAAAAGAAAAUAGCUUUCCAGUAUUUUUAUUGAUACAAAAAUCCCACAAAAUUCUAUGUUCAUAUAAAACAAUUUCAUCACUUCAGCACAGUUUACACGUUGAGUCUGUAGCUUUCCAUUCUUUUUAUCUUUUUUUUUUCCCCCAAAGAUUACAUCUUUUCCAUUUUCCUACUCCUCCUAGGUCUACAAAGGUGAUUCUUUUAUCCUUAGAUGACCAAUACAUGAUCUGGGUAUGAGUAAAGAUCUGAUUUUUAUGUGAAAUCUGUAGGUUUGAUAGCUCCUAAAGCCUUAAUUUUGACUUUUCUUGAUCUGGGUAAUUGUCAUAUUUGUGUAUCUACAACUGAAGAUGAAGGAAAAGCUAGGGUUUUUGGUGUGUGUUUGUUUUCUUGUAAUUGGGUCUUGUUUGGGUAGAUUUGUGGUGGAAAAGAAUAGCUUGAGAGUAACUUCUCCAUACUCAAUCAAAGAUGUGUAUGAGUGUGCAAUUGGGAAUUUUGGGGUUCCACAAUAUGGAGGUACAAUGGUUGGUAUCGUUGUGUACCCCAAAGCUAAUCAAAAGUCUUGCAAGGAUUUUGCAGAUUCUGAUAUUUCCUUUAAAACUAAGGCUGGUGGCAUGCCCGUUUUCGUCCUUGUCGAUAGAGGAGACUGCUAUUUCACACUAAAGGCUUGGAAUGCUCAAAAGGCUGGAGCUGCUGCUAUUCUUGUUGCUGAUGAUCGCAAUGAGCCUUUGAUUACCAUGGACACUCCUGAGGAAGAGGAUGCAAAGGCAGAUUAUCUGCAAAAUAUAACUAUUCCAUCAGCUCUAAUUAGUCAAUCUCUUGGGGAUAGCAUCAAGAAGCAACUAUCUAAAGGGGAGAUGGUUAACAUAAACCUUGAUUGGAGAGAGGCUCUUCCACAUCCUGAUGAAAGAGUUGAGUACGAGUUUUGGACUAACAGUAAUGAUGAGUGUGGUCCUAAGUGUGAAAGCCAGAGAGAGUUUGUCAAAAAUUUCAAAGGGGCUGCCCAGAUACUUGAGCAGAAGGGAUAUACACAGUUCACUCCCCAUUACAUAACUUGGUAUUGUCCUGAGGCAUUUAUUUUGAGCAAGCAAUGCAAGUCUCAGUGCAUCAACCAUGGGAGAUACUGUGCUCCAGAUCCUGAGCAAGACUUCAGCAAAGGUUAUGAUGGGAAGGAUGUUGUUUUGCAAAAUUUGCGCCAAGCUUGCUUUUAUAAGAUUGCCAAUGAAAGUGGGAAGCCCUGGUUGUGGUGGGACUACGUUACUGACUUUGGAAUCCGGUGUCCAAUGAGCGAGAAGAAGUACAAUAAAGAGUGUGCAGAUCAAGUAAUCAAAUCCCUUGGCUUUGAUGUAAAACAGAUAGAGAAAUGUGUUGGAGAUCCUGAAGCGGAUGCUGAUAACCCUGUUCUGAAGGCUGAACAAGAAGCGCAGAUUGGCAAGAACUCUCGUGGAGAUGUGACUAUCUUGCCAACUCUUGUGAUAAACAAUAGGCAGUACAGAGGCAAGUUGGACAAGGGAGCUGUUCUGAAGGCCAUUUGUUCAGGUUUUGAGGAGACAACAGAGCCUGCAAUUUGUUUAACCGAUGAUAUACAAACAAAUGAAUGCUUAGAGUCCAAUGGUGGGUGCUGGCAGGACAAAGCUGCUAACAUUACUGCAUGCCGGGAUACUUUCCGUGGGAAAGUAUGUGAAUGCCCGACGGUUCAGGGAGUAAAAUUUGUUGGUGAUGGUUAUUCUCACUGUGAAGCAUCUGGAGCAUUACGCUGUGGAUUAAACAAUGGCGGUUGUUGGAAGGGAACCAAGGAUGGCAGGACAUUUUCUGCCUGCAUAGACGACCACACAAAGGGUUGUAAAUGUCCACCAGGGUUCAAAGGAGAUGGAGUGAACGUUUGUGAAGAUAUUGAUGAAUGCAAAGAUAAGCUGGCAUGUCAGUGUCCAGAUUGCAAAUGCAAGAACACCUGGGGUGGUUAUCAAUGCAGUUGCAGUGGCAAUUUGUUGUACAUGCAAGAACAUGACACGUGUAUAGCUGCAGGCAAUGAUGGAAAAGCAGCAUUUAGCUGGGGUCUUGUUUGGGUUAUCAUCUUGGGUUUGGCAGUUGCAGGAGUUGGAGCAUAUGCCGUGUACAAGUAUAGGAUCCGGAGAUACAUGGAUUCAGAGAUCCGUGCCAUCAUGGCACAGUAUAUGCCUUUGGACAAUCAGGGAGAGGUGCCUAAUCACAUAUCCCAUGGGAAUGUCUGAUAUUAGUCCAUUGCUAAAGAAUGAUUGCGCGGAUAGAAUGUAAAAUCAAGUGAUAUCGCGAUCAGCUCUUUUACCAGUUGUCACGAGGUUCUUUAUGCUUGUGUCAUACUAGUGCAAACUCUCACUGUUCAGUGAGGUCCUAUUUAUGUAUAUGUUCAUCAUAAUAGUACACAUAAACUCCCAAUUAUGAUGGGUGAAAUUUUCCAUAUAUGCACUAUGGUCUUUUACUUUGGACCUUAGCUUAAUGAAGGGUGAAAUUUCUUAGGAACAAA